UCUCUGCUCCCCUCUGCUCUCUGCUCUCUCUCUCUCUCUCUCUCUCUCUCUCUCUCAUGCCCUUCACCCACACAAUACCAUUCCUUCCUUCCUAACCCACCUCAACCAACUUUCAAUAAUCCAUGAAUCCUUCUGAUCACCUCACACUCCAUUUUGCAGAUGUCGCACUCUCUGAAUCAGUUUACAGAGGAGGAAAGAUCAUCUCUUUUUGAAAGGGAGAUUUUGGUCUCCAAAAUGUGAUUUUAACAGCUAGAAACAAGUGGAGCUUGAGUUUUGUCAGAAGGGUAUUGGAAACCACAUCAAAGAGGACGUGGGUUCUUGUCUUUGAUGAAGAUCAUGUGAUUGCUGGCUUGAGAUUGCAGAAAUUGAUUUUACACUUGUUGGUUUGUGUGGGUGGAUUUUGGUAAGUUUGCUUUGCUUUCUAAAAGGAGCUCUUGAUUGUGUGUUUUCCUCGUUCAGUACUUCUGAACCAAGUAAAAUUCCUUUGAAUUUCUCCAAUGAGACAGAGCUUUCCUUUUGACAAUGUGAUCAUGUGCUGCUCUCUCCACUUAUAGAGUUAAUAAUUUUGGUUAGUUUUUUUCUUAUGUGGGUCUUGAAUAGGGGAAAAUACAAUGCAAAUCAGAGGCAUGUUGGUUUGUUGUAAGUAGGAGGUUUGGAUUUCUGUGAUGGCCGUCUUGAGGUGUUUGGUCAGAGAUUCUCUCAUUUGGGUCUCCAAAUACCAGACAUGGAGAGCUACAUUUCUAUCACAAACCCUAAUGUUUUUAGUGCUUUCGGAUUUAGGGUGUUUGGUUUUAGGCCUAGGCUCCAUGUCCUCCAUUGCCAUUUCUUAUGGAGAGAAUGGUCCAGUUUUCUGUGGUCUAAAACCGGAUGGGACUCACCUUGUGUCCUGCUAUGGCUCAAAUGCAGCUAUAAUCUAUGCAACUCCACCCCAUUUCGCUUUUACGGGUCUAACCGCGGGUAAUGGCUUUGUGUGUGGUCUCCUAAUCGGUUCAAACCAACCCUAUUGUUGGGGAAGCAGUGGGUUUAUUGAAAUGGGUGUUCCCCAACCCAUGGUUAACGGGUCCGAAUAUGUGGAAAUCAGCGCAGGAGACCACCACUUAUGUGGGUUGAGGAAUCCCUUGAAGGGGAGGCGAAGAAACACCUCUCUUGUUGACUGUUGGGGUUAUAACAUGACUGCAAACCAUGUUUUCGAUGGAAAGAUCCAGUCGAUUUCAGCCGGUUCUGAGUUUAACUGUGGGCUGUUUUUUCAAAAUAAAACUGUUUUCUGUUGGGGUGAUGAGACUAGUAGCCGAGUCAUUAGCUUGAUUCCCAAAGACCUAACUUUUCAGAAGAUUGCAGCCGGCGGGUUCCAUGUGUGUGGAAUAUUGGAUUCCAACUCCCAAGUGUUUUGUUGGGGGAGGAGUUUGAAUCUAGAAGAGGAAAUCUCUUUGGUGCAACAUUCGGGUCAAGUCAAUGUGGACUCGGCUCCAAACGUUCCAAUGGUUACGGUUGUGGGAGGAAAAUUUGAUGCAUGUGGAAUUAAGAGUGAAAAUCAUGGGGUGGUUUGUUGGGGUUAUACUGUUGAGAGGAGCACUCCCCCGCCCAAUGGAGUGAAGGUUUACGCAAUCGCAGCCGGGGAUUACUUCACUUGUGGUGUCCUCGCGGAGGGAUCUCUACUUCCCGUUUGUUGGGGUGCUGGGUUUCCUUCCUCUCUCCCAAUGGCGGUCUCUCCUGGACUUUGUAAGAGUGAUUCUUGUGAAGUGGGUUUUUACAACAAUGGAAGUUCAUCUUGUAAGUCUCCUGGCACCCAUAUUUGUUUGCCUUGCACAAAUGGGUGCCCUACUGAAAUGUACCAAAAAGCUAAAUGCACCUCAACGUUUGAUCAACUAUGCGAAUUCAACUGCUCGAGUUGUGUCUCAGCCGAAUGCUACUCAAACUGUUCAUAUGCCAACACGGUUAGCGGAAACAAGAACGCAAAGUUUUGGUCACUCCAAUUGCCAGUCAUUGUUGCAGAGAUUGCCUUUGCUGUUUUCUUUAUAAGUGUUGUGUCUUUGACCGCAAUCUUCUACGUUCGUUACAAGUUAAGAAACUGUAGGUGCUCAGACAGUGACUUGAAACCGAAGGGGAAAAGUGGGAAUGCGUCUUCGUUCCAAAAGGAUAGUGGUAAAAUCCGGCCUGAUUUGGAUGAUAUUAAGAUCAGAAGAGCUCAAAUGUUUACUUAUGAGGAGCUCGAGAGAGCCACUUGCGGAUUCAAAGAAGAAUCCCAAGUAGGAAAGGGCAGUUUUUCAUGCGUAUUCAAAGGGGUAUUGAAGGAUGGGACAGUGGUAGCAGUGAAAAGGGCGAUAAUGUCUCCGGACAUGAAGAAGAAUUCGAAGGAGUUUCACACCGAACUUGAUCUACUUUCAAGAUUGAAUCACGCCCAUUUGCUCAAUUUGCUCGGGUAUUGUGAAGAAGGUGGAGAGAGGCUUCUGGUUUACGAGUACAUGGCUAAUGGUUCGUUACACCAACACCUCCAUGGGAAGAACAAGGCCUCAAAGGAGCAAUUAGAUUGGGUAAGGAGGGUUACUAUUGCAGUCCAAGCAGCCAGGGGGAUUGAGUACUUACAUGGUUACGCUUGCCCUCCCGUGAUCCACCGUGACAUCAAGUCCUCCAACAUUCUCAUCGACGAAGAGCACAAUGCCCGUGUAGCUGAUUUUGGUCUAUCUUUGUUGGGACCUGCCAAUAGUAGCUCCCCAUUGGCCGAGCUCCCUGCGGGGACACUUGGGUAUCUUGACCCCGAGUACUACAGACUUCACUACCUCACGACCAAAUCCGACGUCUACAGCUUUGGUGUUUUGCUUUUGGAGAUAUUGAGUGGUCGAAAAGCGAUUGACAUGCAAUUUGAAGAAGGAAAUAUUGUCGAAUGGGCAGUUCCUCUGAUCAAGGCCGGAGACAUACAAGCCAUUUUGGAUCCGGUUUUGAAACCCCCAUCUGAUAUAGAAGCCUUAAAAAGGAUUGCUAAUGUUGCUUGUAAGUGUGUGAGGAUGAGGGGGAAAGAGAGGCCGUCGAUGGACAAAGUGACAACAUCGUUGGAACGAGCACUUGCUUUAUUAAUGGGUAGUCCGAGUAACGAUCAACCUAUUUUACCAACUGAGGUGGUUUUGGGAAGCAGUAGAAUGCACAAAAAGUCCUCACAAAGGUCUUCAAACCGGUCGGCUUCAGAAACUGAAGGGGUGGAAAAUGAGGAUCAGAGGUUCGAGUUCAGAGCUCCUUCGUGGAUUACGUUUCCAAGCGUUACUUCUUCGCAGAGGAGGAAGUCUUCAGUUUCCGAAGCAGAUGUCGAUCCGAAGACCGUGGAGCUAAGGAACUUGGGCAAUGGAGGAAGCAACUGCGACGGGUUGAGGAGUUUGGAAGAAGAGAUCGGCCCUGCUUCUCCUCAAGAAAACUUGUUCUUGCAGCAUAACUUCUAGCGAUUCAAGACAUCAUUCGAGGUUAAAAAAAAUCGCAGCAAAAUACGCGUGAAUUUGUAUCGGUUGAAUUUUUCUUUUCUUUUCCUUCAUGGGCGAAGAGGCGUGUAACAUGCAUGAAGUUGGGAAUUUAGCUAAUUGAUUGUGUAGCUAAUUUCAUCAACUGGUUCUUUGUGCAUUGAAUUCUGACAUUGUUCUGGAUUUCUGUUUAUCCGGAAAAAGAAAAAAAAAAAAAAAAAAAACAAAAUUCCAUCAGAUUAGUAGACUUCUGUAUCUACAUUUUUUCUUUUGUUUUUCUGUUUUCGGCAUCAACUGUAACUCUGUUCUCUUACUUCUGUUCUGAAUUCCAACAUAUUUUGCUGCUUUUGUGCUA